AAAAACGAGCACCCGGAAGAAAGUCCACAUGAACUUCACACUCAACUCAAGAACGAAGCAAUUUCACACAACAGUAUUUCUGACGAUGAGCGAAUAUCCUCAUCCGACGACAUAGCUAGCUCAUUGAGGUCAAGAGCGGUUCCUUCGCGCCGAGAACAAGCAAUGGCCGAAUUGUGCGGGGAUCUGUGAUUCGAUGAGCCUGCGGACGUUGGCAAGGUUGCAGAGGCCUCGUCGUCGAGAACUGAAGUCAGAACCCCUUUCACGCGAACAGUCGGUGUACUGCGAGGACAGAGGCCCACCAUUCAACGAAGUACUGCAGCUGUAUCAUCCCAACCUGGACAGACAUGGAAGCAUUGUUUCACUGCGAUCGCGACGAUCGCAACGGGCGAGUUCACUGUCGUCGGAAUCAAGUGCAGAUCAGGAAGUCGUUAGACUGCCGGUGCUUAAACGAGUGCCGCUGCCGAAGACUCCGUAUGGGCGCUCUAGGAGGUUGUUGAUCCCGGCUUCUGACAACCUACCAUUGGUUGCGAUAAGCAUGCGGGCGGACGCCCAGUUCAUCAAUCGUCAGGAUCAAUUCCGUCUCACUCUGAACUCUCUACCUAACCCGGGAGUUCAACAACAUGUGGAAGAUGCGUGUGUCGUAGGUGAUAUUGUCGUUCUUGGCUUCAAUAGCGGGCCAAGUCAGGUUACAUUUCUACCUGUUACAACGAAAGCACCCCGAAGAAUUGAUUCGAAAGCUUUGCCGCAUGUCAGCCCUCCUCGGCUGUCAGGAUCUUCCGGGGAGGGUGUAAGGUGCCUCGCCGCAAUGAAUGCGACAGCUGGUUCCGUUGAAUUUUUUACAGGUGGCCAUGACCGACGAAUUUUUAAGUGGAGCGCAGAUACGCAAUCUCUAGAAGAGCCGACUGUCACCAAGAUUGGUGCAUUUCUAGAUUCUGGUGUCUCUGCGAUGGCUUAUCGCCACGACGACAACUCCCUCGUGUCCUCUGACACGAAAAAACUAUAUGUUACGGACCUUACCCGAUCCCACACGCCUAGCCCAGCCCAGUUCUCCAACUAUGUCAACCAGAUACAUGUUCACCCCCAAAUACCACACUUGACGCUGCUGGAGGUCCGACAUCUCGAUCAUCAGAUAGCGAUGUUCGACCGCAGGAUGGGUGGCUUCGACAAAGCUCCAUGUUGCACAUUUGGAUAUCGCAAUGCUAACGCGAAAUUUGAGCCAUCAUACACGAAAGGCGGCAUGCACCAUACCUUUUUUGCGCGUGGUCAUCACGACGGCACUGUUGUCCUUUGGGACUUCCGUAAUGUCAAGAACAUUGUGACGAAGAGACAAAGCCGACUUACUCAGGAGGUGGUGCAUACAGUGGUUGCAGAUUCCCGCGUUGUCACUUUUGGUGACAGUGUUGUGACGUUUUUGAACGACUUCUUGCGUAGUUAACCAAUGUCGCUCCGUUCUCUUCGUCACCCUGAGGCGCAAUCAUGUU